AUGGAGGAGAGAAGUCAUGGGUCGUUCAAAGAAGAUGUCCACCAACUCCAUAAACACACAACAGACUCCCACAAUAUAUUCAGCUAUCUCCCGAUGUCCUUCUCUAACCUUAUUCGCUGCACAAAAUCCAUUGUCAGAGGCAGAGCAGUCCAUGCGAAGCUCAUCACAUCUGGAUUCCACUCAGACAUUUAUACAAACAAUCAUGUGCUCAAUAUGUACUUAAAAUUCGACUGCAUGGACGACGCUCGUAAACUGCUUGAUCAAAUGCCUGAACGAAACACGAUUUCAUGGACCACUCUGAUAUCUUCGUAUUCGCAAUUGGGUCUACCAGAAGACGCGUUAGAUUGUUUCAGAAAAAUGGUAGAGGAUGGUGUUGACCCAAAUCAUUACACGUAUGUGGGUGCUAUAACGGCUUGCGCUAGCUUAGGUGUUGCAAGAACUGGGAAAGAAAUUCAUGGAAAGAUUUAUAGGACUGCGGAGGAUGUAAAUAGUUUUGUUAGUAACUGUUUGGUGAACUUUUAUGGGAAAUGUGGGUUGUUGAAAUCGGCUCGUUUUGUGUUUGAUGCAAUUUUGGAGCCCAAUUUGGUUUCUUGGACUUCGCUUCUUUCAUGUUAUUCCCAGUGUGGAGAAAAUGUGGAGGGACUGAGGAUUUUCUUGCAGUCUUUGAGAGCGGGACUGAAAGGAAACGAGUUUUCCUGCGCGAGUAUAUUGGGCACUUGUGCCGCAUUGGGAAAUCUGGAAGUUGGGAUGCAAGUGCAUUGUCAUGCUAUCAAAUGUGGAAUUAGACUUGACCAAUUUGUUGUGACUGGAUUGAUUGACUUUUAUGUCAAGUGUGGUAAAAUAGAUUUAGCAUAUGAUGCUUUUUUAGAGGUGGACAAUCCGCAUGUAUCGGCUUGGACUGCGGUGAUAGGAGGGUGUGUUCAACAAGGGAAGGAUAGAGAGGCGACUGAUCUUUUCUGUAAAAUACACUCUUCGGGUAUCAAACCAAGUGAGAGAACAUUCUCAUCUGUCCUGGGAGCCUUUUCUGGUAUAAUGGAAACUGAAGCUGGGAAACAACUCCACUCUUUGAUUCUAAAAUAUGGAUUUCAUUCAUUUACAUUUGUUGGCAAUGCAGUACUGGAUUUUUACUCAAAAAGUGGGCUUCUCGAUGAAUCUUUGAGAACAUUUGAAGAAAUGGAUGAACAAGAUGUUGUUAGUUGGAAUGCACUGAUAUCUGGACGUGUAACUGCAGGUAAUUAUCAGGAGGCCAUUGAAAUUCUUCGUAGGAUGUUGUUUGAAGGGUUUGAUCCUAAUAUUUACACAUACUCCAUCAUUUUAAGCAUAUGUGGGGAUCGUCCGGCUAUUGAAUGGGGCAAGCAAACCCAUUGCUGCAUUAUGAAACCUGGGUUUGUCUCCAAUAUGGUCGUUGGAAGUGCACUCAUUGACAUGUAUGCUAAGUGUGGACGGUUGGGUGAUGCUCGAAUAGUUUUUGAUACUCUGCCAUCAAAGAACAUUGUUGCUUGGAAUACCAUGCUUGUGGGAUAUGCUCAACAUGGAUAUGGGAAAGAGGCUUUAGAUAUCUAUGAUUUGAUGCAAAAAAAUGGCAUGCAACCUAAUGAUAUUACAUUUGUGGGAGUAUUGUCUGCGUGUGGGCAUGUGGGACUCUUAGAGGAGGGACUAAGCCACUUCAGUUCCAUGACUAAGGACUAUGGAAUUGCCCCAGGGACUGACCACUUAGCUUGUAUGGUCAGUCUCUUUGCCCGUAAAGGACAAAUGAAACUAGCUUAUGAUUUCAUAAGGAGUUUUCCUGUGAAACCGGAUAAGGUGGUUUGGCGUUGUCUUUUGUCAAGUUGCAAAACUCACAAAAACUUGGCUCUAGGAAAAUAUGCUGCUGAAAAGAUUUUGAGUAUUGAUCCAGAUGAUACCUCAGCCCAUAUCAUGCUAUCAAAUAUGUAUGCACAGUCAAAGAUGUGGAAUGAAUUAGCACAAGUCAGAAAACUAAUGAAGGGGAAGGAAUUGAAAAAGGAUACCGGUUAUAGUUGGACUGAAUUGAAGAAUGAGAUAUAUUAUUUUUCUGCUGGUCAUAGUGUGCAUUUUCAGGAAAAAAGUUUGCUCGAAGUUUUGAGUGGGUUAACGGCUCAAUUGUUUGAUGCAGGAUAUGUACCUGAUGCCAUAUUCUGCUCACUUUAUUUGGAAUAA